AAUGGAGAAUAGGCGUUUUCAAUCAAGGGAGAUAUCUCACGUAAACAAAGCAUUUGAAGCCAAUGUUGAUGAGAUAACAAUUGAUCAAAUCAAUGCAUCGGUUGAUGAGAAAAAGGAAUUAGAUAAGGAAAACGAUGAGAGAAUUUUUGAAGAUGAAGAGGAAACGAGUACUCCUAAUUGUUUUUCAAAAUUUGUAAUGAAAGUACAAAGGUUAACAAAAGAGUUUCUUAAAAGUAACAAAAGAUUGAUAAAGAUCGUUUUGGCUUUAAUAAUUACAAUAGCAUAUUUAUGUUAUUUCGGCUAUGCUAUGUAUUAUGAGUUAGGAAGUGAAGAAUCAAUUCGUUUAUUAUGGAUGACUUGCGUAGUUGUUGUUUUUGUUAUUGGAUGGGGAAUAUAUAGAUUUUGGAAGGAACCCAUUGAUAUAUUUACUGAUGAAUGCUCGGAAAGACUUGGAAAGCACUCGGAGAAAUUAUCAUGGCUUAUUGGUAUAAUAAUAUACUCGUUUUGGAUAGUCUUUGUUAUCAUUGAUGUUGCAAUAGUAUCAAAGGAACCAUAUAACUUAGUAUCGGCAUGCGGAAUAGUCGUAUUCAUUUUUCUUAGCUACGUAUUUUCGAAAUACCCUUCUAGAGUGAAAUGGCGUCCAGUCCUUUGGGGCUUAGCUCUACAGGGCAUCUUUGCUAUAUUUAUAUUGCGAUGGGAAAGAGGCUUCAACGCUUUCCAUUGGAUGGGAAAACGAACAAGUGAAUUCUUAGAACACACUGAUGCUGGUUCAAAAUUUGUCUUUGGUGACAAUUAUGCCGAUCAUCUAUUCGCUUUUAAACUGAUACCCGUUAUUGUAUUCUUCUGUGCUAUUACAUCCAUACUUUUCCAUAUCGGAGUGAUGCAAGUAGUUAUAAAAGCAAUUGCAAAAGUUCUCCAAUUAGCUAUGGGAACGACAGCCGGAGAGAGUUUAAAUGCUGCUGCUAAUAUAUUUAUUGGACAGACAGAAGCACCUUUAGUGAUAAAACCCCUUUUACCAAAUAUGACAAAGUCCGAACUUCAUGCAGUUAUGUCUGGUGGUUUCGCAACAAUAGCUGGAACGGUUUUAGCAGCCUAUAUCGGUUUUGGGGUCCCGGCAAAUCACCUAAUUUCCGCUUCGAUUAUGAGCGCUCCAGCGGCCUUAGCAAUAAGUAAACUGAUGUAUCCAGAGACAAAAAAGUCUAAAACUAGAGUAGAAGACCUUAAAGAAGCAUUGGGAAAGGGAGAUGCUAAUAAUAUCAUAGAUGCCGCAUCCAAGGGAGCAACAGCUAGUAUAGCUUUAAUAGCUAACAUAGUGGUUAAUUUGAUAGCUUUCAUAGCCAUCUUGAAAUUUUUUAAUUCAGCGUUAACUUGGUUUGGUCGCAGAGCGGGAGUUACGGAAGAAGAUAUCACUUUCCAAUUUAUAUGCUCCUACCUAUUUUAUCCUAUAGCAAUAUUAAUGGGAGUGAAACCAGAAGAUUCAAGAGUCGUAGCAUCUUUAAUUGGGACCAAAACAUUUAUAAACGAGUUUGUAGCAUAUCAAGAAAUGACACCAUAUAUAAAGAAUUUGAAUACCUAUAACAAUUUAACAAGUCAAUUUAAUACAACCAUGGAGAAAAAUGGAAAAGAUAUUAUACUCUAUUUUCAAGGAGGAAAUGCAACCUUACCAGGGGGUUUGCUAGCUCCCAGAUCUAUUGUCAUUGCUACAUACGCUCUUUGUGGGUUUGCAAAUGUAGGCUCUAUGGGAGUAAUGAUUGGAGCGAUGAAGGUACUCGUCCCCUCUAGACAGAAAGUAUUUUCAGAGCUAGUCGUUAGAGCUCUUGUAGCUGGUACUAUUGCCUGUUUCUUAACAGCCUGUAUUGCUGGUUUACUUUUCGACGAAAAGAGAGUAUACGGAGUUCGCAUCAAGGAUGCUGAAAUAGAGGAACGUAUUGAAAUGGAUGACAUCGCAGGCAAAGCGAAAAAUGGAAGGGCCAGCGCAAAUGAAUCAAACGAGUCGGACGGAGAGAGGGAAGAGAGAGAAAUCUUUCGGAGAAGAAGUUCUAGGAAAAUGUCGGUAAAAAAAUUAAAAAGACGAAAAUCAGGUUUUGAAUAUCAGGAUGAUGAACCGAACAACGCUUUUGUUCGAAUCAUAGAGAUAUCGCAAACUAAGCUGAUGAUGUUCUAUCUUAAGAAUAAGCAAACGAUCUUUUUAGCGGUACCAAAUUUUAUGGAAAAGGUGUUGAUUCUAGCUGUUAUCUAUUGUAGUUGGUUGAUAUUCGUCCUAAGAGACAUUAUCAGAUCAAAAGAAUAUUACAAUUUGAUUUCCGGAGCUGGUAUUCUUUUCUUUGUACUUAUAUCGUAUAUAUUCUCAUAUAACCCGGUUAAAGUCAAUUGGAGACCAGUUUUAUGGGGAAUUGCUCUUCAGGCAAUUUUCGCAGUCUUAAUUCUAAGAACUUCAGCUGGUUAUAAAACAAUUGAAUGGAUUGCUGGAAAAAUACAAGCGUUUAUUGAUAAUACAAACGCCGGCUCCAAAUUUGUAUUUGGCGAUUUAUAUUAUAAUCAUCUAAUUGCUUUCAAAGUCAUGCCAGUUAUUGUAUUCUUUUCGACAUGUAUAUCAAUCCUAUAUUACUUGGGAAUAUUACAAAUCGGGAUCAAGGCUGUGGCUUACGUUAUGCAGAAAACGAUGGGAACUACGACUGGUGAAAGUCUCACUGCAGCUGCAAAUAUAUUUAUAGGCCAAACUGAAGUUCCACUAAUUAUUAAACCGCUUUUAGAGCACAUGACCCGUUCAGAGUUGCAUUCCGUUAUGACUGGAGGAUUUGCGACUAUUGCUGGUUCAGUUAUGGGCGCCUAUAUAACGUUUGGAGUUCCUGCUAACCAUCUCCUUUCGGCGUCUGUUAUGAGUGCACCUGCAGCAUUAGCUAUUUCUAAACUAUUCUAUCCCGAAACUUUAAAAAGCAAAACAAAGGCUGAUAGUGCUGAUAAUAUAAUGUCUAAAGGAGAUUCCAAGAACGUUUUGGAAGCAGCGUCUAGAGGUGCUUUAGAUAGUAUUACAAUGGUUGCAACAAUAAUUGUAAAUUUAAUUGCAUUCACUGCUCUCCUUCAAUUAAUUAAUAAUAUCUUAUCAUGGUUUGGAGAAAGGAUUGGUAUGGUUCCGCCAGAGUACGAAAGUAUAACUUUUCAAUUUCUUUGUUCUUACCUGUUUUAUCCUGUUGUCGUGAUGAUGGGAGUUAUUCCUUCGGAUGCACGGAAAGUAGCGUCGCUAAUUGGAGUUAAGACGUUUUUAAAUGAAUUUAUAGCGUACAAAAACCUUGAAUCUUAUAUUAAAAACGUGGACCUAUACUCGAACAUAACGACACAAUUCGCAAAUCAAAGCAUGUCUGGACCACCUAUAUAUUACCAAGGCCAAGAUCUUAUCGUUACAACUACCGAUCAGACCAAUGUCACGCUUGUCGGAGGCCUAUUACAAAACAGAUCUAUUGUAAUUUCGACCUACGCAUUAUGUGGAUUUUCUAACGUAGCAUCAAUUGGCUGUUCCUUAGCGGUUAUGCAAAAUUUAGCUCCAAAGAGAACGAGAGCAUUUACGAAGAUUGUGGUUCGAGCAAUGAUAGCCGGUAACAUUGCUUGUUUCCUUACGGCUUGUGUUGCCGGUUUGUAUUUCAUCUCGUAUAAAUUUAGUACCGAUAUACUAUCGAAAUAA